GCGCCCAUUUAUUGUCCAGACCAACCAAUCAGAGCAGUGUAGGGGCGGGGAUUUUUAACAUUGGGAUGUGGCUUAUUCUUUCCCGCAUAACCUCUAGUUUAUCUAGUCACGUGAGGAAGUGAGCUAACGAUAUCGGUAAAUUGUAGGUUGUUAUUUUAUUUAGUCAUUGCGAAUACUUGUAGGAGAAAGUGUAUGCUUAAAUAACAGACGUUUUAAAGCUGAGCAGGCGCUUAUUUUUUAUUUUUUUUAACGCGAACUAACGAGGAAGGGAAAAUGUCCGGAGAAGCUGUCGUCGUCACACUGGAAACGGGCAUCGGGGCCCCCACGUCGUUCCCCGUUGUUCUGAAGAAAAUAAUGGCAAUGCCUCCGCCGAAUAUACUGGACGGUGAUGAAGACACUGACAAGGAGAAGCUGGGUCUGGAUGACAGUGCCGACCUGGGCGGAGGAGUCAGCGAGAUGGGGCCGUCAGCCGCCCUCACCCCCGCUAUCUGGGACAAGACCAUCCCCUAUGGCGACGAGGACUUCCACCUGGAGUACAUGGACCUCGAGGAGUUCCUCAUGGAGAACGGCAUCUCCGCCUCACAGGGAGAAGACUCCCUCCAGGGGAGCAUUUCGAUAGAAAAGAAGAAGGCCGUCAAGACCGAGGAGGUUACACCGGCCGACGUGGGCCUGCUGCCCAUUGAGGAGCUGGGCAAGUGUGAUGAGGAGGUGGUGAUCAUCACUAACUGCGAGACAGACAUCACGUGUGAUGUUACGUCAGAAGUAAAAACAGAAGCAGAGUGCACGUCACCAGAGCCUGUCAAUCCUGACGAAAUCGAAGUCGAAAUCAACUACGAGCCAGACCCCACAGACCUGGUCUUGUCUAGUGUACCGGGGGGCGAACUCUUCAACCCCCGCAAACACAAGUUCAGCGAAGAAGAGCUCAAGCCUCAGCCCAUGAUUAAGAAAGCUAAAAAGGUGUACGUUCCUGACGAACAGAAGGACGAAAAGUACUGGCACAGACGAAACAAGAACAACGUGGCAGCCAAGCGCUCACGCGACGCCCGCAGACUAAAAGAGAACCAGAUCACGGUGCGAGCGGCGUUCCUGGAGCGGGAGAACUCAGUUUUGAGGACUGAGGUGGCGGACCUGCGCAAGGAGUGCAGCUCUUACAAGGACAUCGUGGGUCACUACGAAGCCAAAUUUGGAAAACUGUAAGGGACACAAUAUGUGUAUGAAAUAUUGUCAGAUGUACUGACCCAACACAAUACACUUUGUGGGCUGACGAACAGGGAGGGAGGGAGGAGUCAUUUCCUGCUUUGUUGCUGGUGAAAUGUCCUUCAACACAAAUAUGUCACUCAUCCUUCUUCUAUUCUCUUUCAAGUGCGGUGCCAGUAGACCACAUUUGAUUUAUUUUUGUAACACGUGAAUAAUCAAAUGACACACACAGAACAUUUUAAUAGACCGGGUGUAGAAGAGAAGGCGCCACAGCAGCAGCGUGUGCGCAAUGCAAGGCAAUACAAGCUAUUACAAUGUACCUGUACUUUUUGAAUCAUCCAUGUAAGUGAAUAAGAUGAUAGUCAAGUACAUAAAAUAGAAUUUAAAGUACAACGAAUUUAGUUUUCAGUACAUUGCCCCGAUGUUGUGUAUUUUCAUUUAGGUGACAAUUAUGGGUUUUUUGUUAUACAGUAUAUCUUUAAGGGAGCGAUAACAAUAUUUCAAAGAUAGUAUAAGUUGGUUCAUCUUCACAUGUCUUUUUAAAGAAGUGUCUUUUUUUCAUUGAUAGUAAAUGACUGGGACAUGUCUUCAGGGGAUUAGUGAUAUUCUGUGAUUCCUGUUUCAGUUUGUGUGUCUGCCCCUCUUGUCUCUGCACAGCGGACUAGCUUGGGGCGGCAUAGCUCGGUUGGUAGAGCGGCCGUGCCAGCAACUUGAGGGUUGCAGGUUCGAUCCCCACUUCCGCCAUCCUAGUCACUGCCGUUGUGUCCUUGGGCAAGACACUUUACCCACCUGCUCCCAGUGCCACCCACACUGGUUUAAAUGUAACUUAGAUAUUGGGUUUCACUAUGUAAAGCGCUUUGAGUCACUUGAGAAAAAGCGCGAUAUAAAUGUAAUUCACUUCACUUCACAGCAAAUCCUACUUGAAAUUGUCUCAUAAGUUGAAAAAAGUCCUGUCAAAUGUAAACAAUCGUAUGAUUUUACAAUCCCCGUCCACUUGACAGUACAAAGACAAAAACCAGAGAAUGCAUAUUUUGCAUGGCUGUAAAAGUGUUUAAAUCAUUUGAACAACACUUUAACCUUAAUGACAGGCAUGGGUGUCUUUACAGAAGGCACAAUUAAACAGUUAUAUUUGAUUUUUUUUGUCUUGUCUAAAUCAUUUCAUAGCCACACAAUAAAGUAAAUAUUUUAUUAAGUGUCUCUAUUCCCCACUGCUGUGCUUCCAUCCAUUGUUUUAAUUAAACUAUCCUUUUUGAGUCUUUGAUUUAUCUUCUAACAGCCAAGACUCUAUAUAUCUCAUAAAUACCUACAGCCUUAUUUGUUUCCAUUCAAAUGCAGUAAUAUUGAUGUAAUGUUGAUAUCAUAAAUAUUGGGCUUCCUGACUUGUUCAAGUUGUUCCAAUGCAAUCCAAAUUGCAAAGCAGUACACAUUUUGAGGGGGUUCUGUCAUACUUCUGUCUUUGUGAAGUAUUUUGAAUUUAUGGGUAUGGUUACCUUCAUGUACAUAUAUUGUGUAUAAAUAAAGCCUUGUUGACAAA